GACCAUGAGGACCUCGCGGCUCCUCCUGCUGCUCGGCUGCUGCUGCUGCUUCUUCUCCUGCUGCUGCUGCAGCGCGGAGAGUCGAAGCCACGGACCUAACGUGGUGUUCGUGCUCACUGACGAUCAGGACGUGGUCCUGGGGGGCAUGACCCCGCUCAAGAAAACCAUCGCCCUCAUCGGAGACGAAGGGGCGACCUUCACCAACGCGUUCGUCGCCAGCCCGCUCUGCUGCCCCAGCCGCAGCAGCAUCCUGACAGGCAAGUACCCGCACAACCACGGCGUGGUGAACAACUCCCUCUCGGGCAACUGCAGCAGCGCCGCGUGGCAGAAACUGCAGGAGACGGACGCCUUCCCCGUGCACCUCCGCCGCGCCGGCUACCACACGUUCUUCGCCGGGAAGUACCUCAACCAGUAUGGUGACGGUUCUGUUGGAGGAGUGGCGCAUGUCCCUCCAGGGUGGGACGUGUGGAAUGGCCUGGUGCAAAACUCCAAGUACUACAACUACACGCUGUCUGUCAACGGCAAGCUGGAGGAGCACGGAACGGACUACAGCAAGGACUACCUGACGGACCUCAUUGCGAACCGCUCCCUGCACUUCCUGGACGCCUGGAACCGCCGCACCGCGCCGUUCUUCAUGAUGCUGUCGACGCCGGCCCCCCACUCUCCCUGGGACGCGGCCCCCCAGUUCCAAAACAGCUUCGUCGGAACCAAGGCCCCCCGCGACGCCAGCUUCAACGUGCACGGCAAGGACAAGCACUGGCUGAUCCAGCAAGCCAAAACGCCCAUGUCCAAUGACUCCGUCAACUUCCUGGACAACGCCUUCAGGAAGAGGUGGCAGACCCUGCUGUCUGUCGAUGACCUCGUGGAGCGGCUCGUGAAGAAGCUGUCGUCGCUCAACGUCCUCAACUCCACGUACAUCUUCUUCUCCUCUGACAACGGCUACCACUCAGGGCAAUUCUCGCUGCCCAACGACAAGCGGCAGCUGUACGAGUUUGACAUCCGCGUGCCCAUGCUUGUGCGCGGGCCGGGAAUCAAGGCCAAGCAGAUCCUGCGGGCUCCCGUGAUGAACAUUGACCUGGGGCCCACCUUCCUGGAGCUGGCCGGAGUGAACGUCUCCCAGACGCGGAUGGACGGCACGUCCAUGGUGCCGCUGCUGCACCCCGUGGACAAGGCGGCGGCACCGCCAGCGUGGCGCUCGGACUUCCUGGUGGAGUACCAAGGCGAGGGGCACGACGCCGACCCAGCCUGCCCCAAGCUGGGGCCAGGAGUCGCGGAGUGCUUCCCCGACUGCGUGUGCGAGGAUGCGUUCAACAACACGUACGCGUGCGUUCGCACGCUCUCCGGCACUGUGGACCUUCAGUACUGCGAGUUUGCCGACGCUCAGGCCAUGGUGGAGUUGUACAACGUGACCGCCGACGCGCACCAGCUGACCAACAUCGUGAAGGCCGUGGACCCCAACCUGCUGGUCACCAUGAACCAGCGCCUCAUGGCGCUGCAGUCGUGCGUCGGCGCGGCGUGCCGCAAGCCGGCCAGCAAGGCCCUCGGCCCGCUGUAAACACCGAAGUCACCGCAUCGUGGACGGACGGGAGGAGACGAUCUACGUUUCUUAAACACCUUCGACUAAAGGCGACGGGGAAGACGACGAGUGAACGAACGUGUCCCUAGGCUAUGAGAUGUUAACUCCCUCGCCUGGUAUGCAGGAGGUCGUGGGUUCGAUCCCGACCCUGACGCCUGCUGCUGUAUAUUUGGAGUUUGCGCGUCU